AAUCGUGCGUGAUAUUGGUGCGUGGUUGAUACAGGCCUAUGUCAUUUUUUUAGAGAAAUUAUUAUUUAAAUUUGUAUUUGAUCUUGUUGUUGUAGAGUACUAGUUCAUUGAUUUUAAAUGUGUCUUAAUUUUUACAUUGCUCCAAUUAUUUGAGAGUAAUGUUUUGUUGCAAUAUGUUGCAUACAAAAAAUAACCUACAUAACUUAACCUCAAAUAUAUUUGUUUUGUCUUUGUAAUACUUUAUUAAAUUAUUUAAGAAUCAUAAUGACUUCCCCAGAUAAUACUUUCUACUUUGUAUAUAGCUCAUCUUUGGACGUAAAGAUACAAAUAAAAAUAGGUACAUUGGAAGGAGUCAGUUGGAGAUAUGAGUAUGAUAAAAUGCUUGAAGAUGAAAUGCUCAAGCAUUCCGGCUUAUAUCAACCUCAAAAAAAUAAAGCAGACCUAAUGGUCAUUACUCAGGUCUUUUCUGAUGGACGUCCAAUUUCGUUACCUGUUUCAACCAGUUACAAGUCGUUCACUAAUCGAUGGAAUUGGAGUGAAUGGGUGACAUUGCCAUUAAUGUUUAGUGAUCUUCCUCGAAAUGCUCUUCUCUGUCUAACGAUAUACGACUGCAUCGGCCCGUCAAAUAUGAAACCUGUUGGGGGAACAACAAUAUCAUUGUUUGGCAAGCAUGGUGUUUUCAGACAGGGCAUGAUGGAUCUUCAGGUUUGGCGAAAUCAAGUGGCUGACGGCAGUCCCAAUACCAAGACUCCUGGAAAGCAUAGAGAUGAGGGCAAAAAUCGAAUGCAACAUCUUUCUAAACUUACAAAGAAGCACAGAAACGGGCAAAUGCCGAGAAUCGACUGGUUAGACAGGUUGACAUUUCGGGAAAUUGAAGUCAUUUAUGAGUUGGAGAAGAGAACAUCGAACUAUCUCUACUUGAUGGUUGAGUUUCCUCAGGUCAUUAUGAAAGGCAUUUUGCACUCUGUAGUAUGCUAUGAACAAGAUGGAGAUGAAGCCUAUCCGGUUAGGUCUCAAGCUGAUAUUGUAACAAUCCCGGAUCCAGAAGUUUUACAGGAUAAUCUAGUAGAGGAUAAAAAUCACAAACUCGCGCGUAGUCUGCGAAGCGGCGAUUCAGAUAAAGAUGCGAAGCCGAAUGCAACGGUGAGGGAUGUGCUGAACACCAUUGUGGCCUACCCUCCAACCAAGCCGCUCACAACUGAAGAACAGGAUUUGGUUUGGAAAUUCAGGUUCUACCUCAGCAAUCAGAAAAAGGCGCUUAUCAAGUUCUUGAAGUGUGUGAAUUGGAAUUUGAGCGGCGAGGCCCAACAAGCCGUCGAUAUGAUGGAGAAAUGGGCUCCGAUGGAUGUAGAGGAUUCUCUGGAAUUGCUCAGUCCCGCUUUCACUCAUGCCACGGUUCGUCGUUAUGCGAUCUCUCGUCUGCAGCAGGCUCCUGAUGAGGACCUGUUAUUGUAUCUACUUCAGUUAGUUCAAGCUUUAAAGUAUGAAAACUUUGAUGACAUAAAUAAAGCCUUCAAUAGUAUUUCAAUUUCACAAACUGCUGUAUUAUUGACCGAAGCAAGUAUCGAUAUAAGAGACUCUGGGUCAGAUAAACUCAUGGGAAACAGUAGUGAACAAAGCCAUGACAGUAGAUCAACUCCGAUUCAGUAUCAGAGCACUUCAAUAGACACUAAUGAUAUGCACCUGGCAAGUUUCAUCAUUCACAGGGCAUGCAACAACAUGACUCUGGCCAACUACUUCUAUUGGUAUUUAAUCCUAGAGUGUGAAGAUAAGGAUGCCGCAAAUAAACAAGACUCUUACAUGAAUGUGCAUGACAUGUAUUUGAAAGUUAAAGAAUUGUUUCUAACGGCAUUGAAAACAGUGAGUGAAGAAGGAAAGUUAUUCCAUCAUUAUAUUUUGCGACAGCAGACCUUUAUAGAGAAGUUAGUCAAUGUAAUGAAGAGUGUCGCAAGGGAAAGUGGGAAUAGGAAGAAAAAGAUGGACAAGUUGAAAUUUCUGCUAGCAGAUACGGAAACAUUCAAAAUGAAUUUCACCAACUUUGAGCCGCUACCCUUCCCUCUAGACCCCAGUAUUAAAAUAACAGGCAUUAUUCCUGAAAAAGCUACACUUUUCAAGUCAGCCAUGAUGCCAUCACGUCUAACGUUCCUUACAACGGAAGGAGAGGAGUAUGUGGCAAUAUUCAAGAAUGGAGACGACUUGAGGCAGGACCAACUCGUGCUGCAAUUCAUCACUCUUAUGGAUAAGCUCCUGCGCAGUGAGAACCUCGAUCUCAAGCUUACACCGUACAGGGUGCUGGCGACUAGCACCAAGACAGGAUUUGUUCAGUUCAUUCAGUCACUUCCAAUCACUGAAGUUCUUGCAACUGAACACACAAUUCAGAAUUUCUUCAGGAAACACCAUCCCAGUGCCACAGGACCCUACGGCAUAACUUCAGAAAUUAUGGACACCUAUGUGAAAAGCUGCGCUGGUUAUUGUAUAAUAACGUACUUGUUGGGCGUUGGUGAUCGGCACUUGGACAACCUACUGUUGACGAACGACGGCAAACUGUUCCACAUCGACUUCGGCUACAUCCUGGGCAGGGACCCCCGCCCUCUGCCGCCCCCCAUGAAGCUCAGCAAGGAGAUGGUCGAGGCGAUGGGUGGAGUCUCCUCCGAACACUAUCACCAAUUCAGAAAACUGUGUUAUACCAUUUUCUUGCAUCUACGAAGACACGCGAAUCUGAUCCUGAACCUGUUUUCGCUGAUGGCGAACGCGAACGUGCCGGACAUCGCCCUGGAGCCGGACAAGGCGGUGAGGAAGGUGCAGGACAAACUGCGCCUGGACCUGGGCGACGAGGAGGCGUGCACCUACUUGCAGAACCUACUCGAUGAGUCGGUCACCGCCCUCAUGGCCGCCGUAGUCGAGCAACUCCACAAGAUCGCCCAGUACAUGCGCAACUAAGGCCCAGUCAUAGCAACGCAACCGCAACUCAACUGCAGUUUCUUUCUGGUGUUCAUACCAAAGAUACCCCAGUUGAUCAGUUGCCCAGUCACAGUUUUCCCGAUGUCAACUCAAUUCAGUCAAUUGGAUUCAAUUCAGGUUCAUAUCGCUUGUUCAUACCAAAGAAACCCAAGUUGACCAGUUACCGAGUCACUUGUACAGAUGUCUUCGUUUGAGGAGAAGGAAGUUCUUCUAUAUGUCCUUAAUAAACAAAAAAAUCACAUAGAAGCUAUUGUGUGCAUCCAUAUAAUGACAGCGAUUUACACAGAAGCUGAGAUGAGAAAGUAGUGGUUGAUUAGCUGCCUUUAUUAAAAAAUUAGGAGGGCGAAGUUAGGGCGCAGUCCUCUCUUACACUUAACCCUCAAACACUUCCCUCCCUAGUUGGUGGGAGGAAAGAUGACGAUAUGAUGGAUAUAAACAACGAAACGAUGGAUAUUGAUGAAAUGGUUGAUAAUUAUUAUUAAACGAAAAUCCCAAUUAAAUGCUCUAAAAUGCAAUUUCUCAGUAAUUUCCAUUACAAUUUGUGAAAUGGUUGAUCAUAGGGGAAGGUUUUCGACUGAAGACGAAAGAGCAAGGACUGAUCUUUUGGUGUUGUGUGCAUCCAUAUAAUGACAGCAAUAUUACACAGAAUGCUUAACAAAAAUUGGAAGAAUAUCUCGAAAGGUUUCUCAACUUUUACAGGAUAGCAAUGUUGCUUUAUAUGAUGCUUGACCCCUAUACUGCUGAAACAAGUUACAAACUACAUACAUGUUUGUAACCUUUUACAAAUCAUUAUAGUAUUAUUUAUAUACUGAUUGCUGGCUUAUUUAUUAUUUGAUUUCAAUGUCUAUUUCUAAUGGCUAUUUUAAUUUAGGUUGAAAAUGAAAAAAGUUUUAUUGUGUCUCAAUUUCCAAAAAUGUUUAGGUACGCCCUUUUGUCUUGCAAACGUCGUUAUCUUAAAUUUGUUACCUUAUUAUCUAUCUCUAAAACCUGGCAGUUUGAACUCCUCUGCCACAUCUUGGCAUGCUUUGUCAGUCACAACUCUAUUACUUUACGACUUGAUGGUGUGAUCGUAUAAACAAGGAAAUCAUUCAAUAAAUUGAUCAAAUCCAAUGUUUUCUAGUUGUUCAGAAGCCAUGACAGUGUUCACUUGACAAGAGCAGCUGGCGACUCGAGUUUACAGCAUGUCGUGAAUGGAGUUGCCUGAGUUGCUCAGUCACGUGACCGUUGAAUCACAGUUGUUUUGGUGUGCACAGGCUCGGUAAACUGCGUAUGUUAUUUAUAGGCAACAAAAGUUGCCGUUGCGUUGAUAUCUUUGGUAUGUACGUGGCCUAAGCACUGGCUUCCGUCACUUUAUUCAACAUACAAAGCUGCAUGAAUUGAUUGUGUGAUGUCACUUAUCCAACCUUAGGUAUGAUAACUUAUUUGUCCAUUAAUUAUCUUACAAAAAAUCGUUGAUAGUGCAAUCGGUAAUGUCUCAAAUUAUUUCUUACAUCACACAUAAAUUGUUUGGCAAUCUUCAUAGAAUAUUCUAUUGUCUCAUUACAAAAAUGUAAAUAUCAAUAAUAUAAUUUUCUCUAUAACAAUAUUAGAUAACGACAUAGAUUUCAAUAAUGUUUUUCAUAAAUUUCUGAAUUAUUCUGUAGAAUUUCACCUUAAUUAAAUAAUAACAAUGAUGUCAUGAGUUUUAAUUAACAUAGAAGUAUAAUAAUAUUAUACAAGAAUAUAUAACAAGAAGAAGUAUUUGAUGAUUAUCGUACACGAUUGCUGAAUUACAAAUAAAACUAUCAAUUAUUAUUAUUCCUUGGUAUUCCUCAAUUCAAUUUUAUUAUUAAAAAUGAAAUAGAGAUUAAUAAAUGGACUAGUCAUAUCACACAAUCAGCAGUUUCAAGCUUGCCGCUAUGCAUUAUUCUAAAGAACACUACCUAGUUAGUAUUUAUAUUUUCCUUGAUAUUACUAUUUACAUUUUUAUUGAUCCGUCUUUAUUUCCAAAACAGAACCAUAAGACAAUUAUUUUUUCAAACUUAUAAAAUGUAAAUACAGUAGGAAAUUUAUCUUAUUAGCUAUUUAGCUCAUUCUAGUGAUCUCAAUAUUUUCCAUCAAUCGAUGCUUCAGUAAAAUAAAAUGAAAACUAUCGUUAUGAACUUCUCAAGUGAUUCAUUAUGAUGGAUAUUUAUAAAUAUUUGAUCUUUUCAUCUAUAAGAUGGAGGAUACUAUUGUGAUUUUGUAAAGAUACUGGGUAAACUAUAUAUUUCAACAUUUAUUAUGUAUCUUAUCUAUAUUAUUAUGUACGGUAUGUAUAUUUUGUAAUAAUAAACGUAUUUAUAAUUUUGCUAAAA